AUGGCCGUAAAAAGUUGCCUGGAAAUUAGAAGCUCCGGCUACUUGGCUGCUAGUUGCGAAGGGGAGUUGGGUCAGUUCAAUGAAGAAAGUGGUUAUGUGUAUGUCGAAGAAAAUGAAAAUGAGGACCACAUAGAAGCAACAAGGGAUAAUACAAUGGAGGAGCAAGAUGUGAUUGAUCAAUCAUUUGGAGGUGUCAAUGAAUUGUCUAUGUCUCCACCUACCUUAUUUGAUGUGAUUGGAGAGCCACAAUCAAUUCCUGGUACUGUUGAAAUGAUCCCAACACCUACACCACAAAUAAAUUCGACAAAAUGGAAGGAUUUGAUUAUUGGAGAAGGACAAAUAUUUCCAAAUGCCACUACUCUCCGAAAAACAUUAUACAAGUACAGCUUAUGCCAGAAGUUUUCGUACCUUUUCAUUAAGAAUAAUCAGCAAAAGAUCAUUGUGAAGUGCAAGGUUGAUGGUUGUCCAUGGUAUAUGGGUGCAUAUUCAAUGGGAGCACAUCAAGAUACUGAGUUUUUAACUAUCAGAACGUACAAAAGUGAACACAUUCAUCAUGCACAGGACAACUUAAUUGUACCUCACUCAGGAAGGUCAAAUUUAGCUGCUUCAAUUGUGAUUGAUGACUUGAGGUGCAAUGUUGACAAGAGUCCUAAUGAAAUUAGAAAGGACUUGUAUAAAGAAUAUGGAGUGCAAUUGAACUAUACUCAAGCAUAUAGGGUUAGGAAGAGAGCACUAAUGGAAUUACUUGGUCGAGUAGAAGAUUCUUAUAAGGUAAUCCCUUGGAUGUGUGAGAGACUAAUGAAAAUUGAUCCUAACACAGUUGCAAGAUGGGAAGGCUCAGAUAGCAAUCGAUUUGAGAGGCUAUUCAUUGCAUAUGGAUGCUCAAUUAAAGGCUUUGUGGAAGGUUGCAGACCAAUUAUUUAUAUAAAUGGAUGUCAUUUGAGUGGUCCUUACAAAGGAACUUUAUUAUCAGCUUGUGCAUUUGAUGCAGACAAUGAGUUGUUUCCUUUAGCAUAUGGUAUUGUUAGCGGAGAAACAAAUGAUGAGUGGACUUGGUAUCUACAGAAUCUGAAAGAGAUAACCAGAUUAGCACAAGUGACAAUUGUCUCAGAUCAGAGUAAUGCUAUUAUCGGUGCUGUCAGGACAGUAUUAUAG